AUGAAACCCGAGCUGGGUUGUAAAAUCGCAGAAAAGCUGGGGAUGAAUCCUGACGAGAAUGAUAUCUUCAACGCCCAGGUUUAUAUCAAUCGACAUACGCGCGCCAUAAACCCAAACUUCCCGAUGAUCCGCGCCAUAGAGUACGCACCUUGGAAACCCAAGGACACCUUCGCAUUCAUUCUUGUCACCAAGCACGCCGACGACCACAAGCGCCGUAAGUUUCGUGAAAGGCGGCAGGAUGUUUUGAUCAAGCGUUUCUUCAUGAAACUUAGAGAGUUAAAGCCUGGUGAUCUUUCAUGGGACACCGUCCUCCGCAAUUGGUGA